AUGGACUUCAACGAUCCCAAAAACACAAAGUCUUAUUCCGAUGCGCUAAAAGUCGAUCCUAAUUCUAUUAUUACGACUUCAAUUGAUACAGCUCCCGUGACUGUUGAGCGAAAGCCAUAUCAGCCCGGGGUUGACAAACCUAGGCUGGCCCAUGCAGGUGUUGCGAGAGUCAAUCUUGCUGCAACCCACGAACGACCUGAAGGAACGACUGAUGAUGAUUGGGCUGAUCGACAUCGUGAUCAAACGGUUCUGCAGCAGCAUUGCGACUUCUUUGAUAAGGACCACGAUGGCGUGAUCUGGCCAGUCGACACUUUCACAGGUUUCUACCAACUAGGCUACGGAAUCAUUCUAUCUAUAAUCUCCGUCCUCGUCAUCCACGUGAACUUCUCAUAUCCCACGCAGUCCUCGCUCCUCCCCGACCCUUUCUUCCGAAUUCACAUCGACAACAUUCAUAAGGACAAGCAUGGCAGCGACACGGGAACUUAUGAUACUGAAGGACGCUUCAUUCCACAGAAGUUCGAGGACAUUUUCUCCAAGUAUGCGGAAGGCCGUGAUUACUUGACCAUAUGGGACGUGAGUAAUUUGAUGAAGGGGCAGAGGUUGAUCGCUGAUCCAAUUGGAUGGGGUGGUGCUUUCUUUGAGUGGCUGGCCACUUACAUAUUGCUUUGGCCGGAUGAUGGGCGUAUGAUGAAGGAGGAUAUCAGAGGGAUCUACGAUGGGAGCCUUUUUUAUAAGGUCGCUGCUCGACAAGCCUCGAAGUAAUGGCCUCCACUAUCAUACGAGUACUAAGCUGUCCUAAGGACGUGUAGCUAUGUCUAAUGCAAUGUGGAGUCAUUUGUGUUGGGUGCUGCCAUAUCUUAGAAUGAAC